UAGUUUUGUAUACUUCUUUUUUUUUUUCCUUAAAAUCAUGGAUGCCUUAUUUAUCCUAUGGAAGGAUGUACUACAGCUGGAAAUUCAAUGCUUUUGCUUUUGUUUUGUUUUUUAGAUGGCAACAUUUUACCUGUAAAGGGGGAGUGUAGGUGUAAGCAAAAACUGGGAGGCUGAGUGUUUUAUUUUCAAGGUGGAUUAAGUGGUUAAUCCUCAAUGAAUGAAUUUAUGCUAACUUUGUUCUCUUUUCAAGUGGCUUUAGGAUAUGCAUCUCUGAUCUGAGAAAUGCACUGGGAGUUUUCAAAGGAGAGGGUGUUGUGCAUUCAUGUGUGGGUUAAACAUUGCAAAGCCACGUAGCUUAUGGAUCUCCUCCAGUUGAUGGUUUUCUAAACUGUUUUGGAGGAAGUGAGUCUAUCUAUCCCCCAACAAAAUAGGCUUUUAGUGUCUUAAACUCAAAGUUGUGCCAGUUCCAUGGUAUGGACAGGGAGCUCUGAUUUAGGGCUGGAGCUUGUGGCCUCUGUGCCACCUGCCUGCCUGGCUGCUGAGGCAGGAGGUGUUUUUUGUCAUGGAAGUGGCAGCACCUGUGUAACUAAUGGGAUAUUUGAAAUGUGAACACUCGGUUAGUAAGUCAUUUAAAAUGUCUCGUCUACUCCAUCUGCGUUGGUUGGUCUGUCUUUUCCUUGAGGCUAUAGAAAUCCUAUCCUAUUAAGGAAUAUGAAGUUUUCCUGUUUUUAACUUGAAAAUCACUGUGAAGUAACGUUUAUGACUUGUUGUCCCAGUAUAUACUGAUAGCAUUCUCUAUAUGGGGCACCUUUCAAAUAAAGGAAAAAAAAAUACAGUUGCUUGAAAGAGUUUGCAUCUAAAGACAGAGGAGGGUCAGAGAAGAUGAAACAUCUUCUAUGCAGUGUAUUUUUUUGGGAGGGAUGGGGAGGAUUUAAGCUUAAUAUUAUGAAGAAAUGCUCUGAAUCGUGAGAGGAUGUCACAAUUUCCUUUGCACAGCAACCAGUCCUUUUUCAUCAGAGUCCAUCCUGUGCUCUGAACGAGUCAGAAGUCCUGUUGGCAAGGAAAAAGAAGUUAGAGGAUUAAAUAUCAGUGUGGAGGGGGUAGAAGGCUGAAGGGAAUAACUUCCUCAACACUGCACUGGUGAGGAGAGGAAACCAGGAACUAAAGGCACUGGAAUCAGCAGACAUAUCUAGAGAAAGUGGAGAAGGUAGAGAAUGGAGCUGCAGACUCUACAGGAGGCUCUGAAAGUGGAAAUUCAGGUUCACCAGAAACUGGUUGCCCAAAUGAAGCAAGAUCCACAGAUAUUUUUUCUUUCUAAUCAGAAUGCUGAUUUGAAGAAACAGCUUCAUGAACUUCAAGCCAAAAUCACAGCUCUGAGUGAGAAACAGAAAAGAGUGGUGGAACAGCUUCGGAAGAAUUUGAUAGUGAAGCAGGAACAGCCAGACAGUAAGUUUCAAAUACAGCCAUUGGCACAGUCAGAAAACAAGCUACAGACGCCACAGCCACAACCACUACAACAAUUACAGCAACACCACCAUCAACAGCAGCAGCAGUCUACUGCACCCUCUCCAAAUGUGAUUGGAUCACAGAAAACGGUAACUACAGCUUCUAUGAUCACCACUAAGACACUACCUCUCGUCUUGAAAGCAGCAACUGCGACCAUGCCUGCCUCCGUUGUGGGUCAGAGACCUACCAUUGCCAUGGUUACUGCUAUCAACAACAACCAGAAAGCAGUCCUCAGCACUGAUGCGCAGAAUGCACCGGUCAACCUCCAGACAACAAAUAAGGUCACUGGGCCAGGAGCUGAGACAGUCCAAAUAGUGGCGAAAAACACAGUCACUUUGCAGGUUCAGGCUACACCCCAGCCCAUAAAAGUGCCGCAGUUCAUCCCUCCUCCCAGACUCACUCCUCGUCCAAAUUUUCUUCCACAGGUUCGACCUAAGCCAGUUGCCCAAAAUAACAUUCCUAUUGCCCCAGCACCUCCUCCAAUGCUUGCAGCUCCUCAGCUUAUUCAGAGGCCUGUGAUGCUGACAACAAAGUUCACACCCACCUCUUUACCCAACUCUCAGAACUCCAUACAUCCAGUUCGUGUAGUUAACGGGCAGACAGCAACCAUAGCCAAAACUUUCCCUAUGGCACAGCUCACCAGCAUCGUGAUAGCAGCACCAGGUACCAGGCUUGCUGGACCUCAGACUGUACAGAUCAGCAAACCAAACGUUGAAAAACAGACUAUUAAACCACAUGUGGAAGCAGAAGAGAAGCAAACAGAAAGUCGUACAGUUACUCCACCUGCUGCACCGAAGCCAAAACGAGAAGAAAAUCCACAGAAACUUGCCUUCAUGGUGUCUCUAGGACUAGUUACUCAUGACCAUCUGGAAGAAAUCCAAAGUAAGCGACAAGAGAGGAAAAGAAGAACAACAGCAAAUCCAGUAUACAGUGGAGCUGUUUUUGAGCCUGAGCGCAAGAAGAGUGCAGUCACGUACCUGAACAGCACAAUGCAUCCUGGAACGCGUAAAAGAGGUCGUCCACCUAAGUACAACACGGUGCUGGGGUUUGGGGCUUUGACGCCCACGUCCCCUCUGUCCAGUUAUCCCGACUCCCCUGAAAAUGAAAAGACAGAGACCACAUUUACUUUUCCCGCGGCUGUUCAGCCUGUGUCCCUGCCUAGCCCCAGCUCCACAGACGGCGAUAUCCAUGAGGAUUUUUGCAGUGUUUGCAGAAAAAGUGGGCAGUUGCUGAUGUGUGACACAUGUUCACGUGUUUAUCACCUGGACUGUCUGGAUCCGCCUCUGAAAACCAUUCCCAAGGGCAUGUGGAUCUGUCCCAAAUGUCAAGACCAGAUGUUAAAGAAAGAAGAAGCAAUCCCAUGGCCAGGAACUUUAGCAAUUGUUCAUUCAUAUAUUGCGUAUAAAGCAGCAAAAGAAGAAGAAAAACAGAAACUACUUAAAUGGAGUUCAGAUUUAAAACAGGAAAGAGAACAACUAGAGCAGAAGGUCAAACAGCUCAGCAAUUCUAUAACAAAAUGCAUGGAAAUGAAGAAUACCAUCCUUGCAAAACAGAAGGAGAUGCACAGCUCCUUGGAGAAGGUAAAACAGCUGAUCCGCCUCAUCCAAGGCAUCGACCUUUCAAAACCCAUAAACUCUGAGGUCAAUUCAGUAGCCAUCUCCAACGGCAUGGACUCCACUAACAAUACUAAUGCUGCCACCUCCACCUUAGCCCCCUCCCCUUCCCAGAGCUGCAUGGUGAACUGUAACAAGGGCGAUGAGACUAAAUAACACAGUGAAGCUCAGAAGGAGCCAGGGGAGGUGGCGGCGAGGAGGAGAAGCGAAAUAACAAAACUCUAGAAAAGCAAAACCGGAUUUCUUCUGGAAAGUGCAGAAUUCUUUAGUUCUUUGGUUCCAGAGAGAGCGUGAAGAUGCUUGUGCCAGGCGGCACCGGAGUUUGCCAAUUGAUCCUUCUUAUUCUGUGUGUACAUGCAAAGUUUGGAUCAUGAUACAUGAAUAGUGCCAGCUGGGGGUUCUUUGCCAGCACCAUGCCAAGUGAAAUAAUAUAUUUACUCUCUCUAUAUUUUACACCAGUGUGUGCCUGCAGCAGCCUCCACAGCCACUAUAGGUUUGUUUUAUUUUUGUUUGGGGUGAGGAGCAGGGAUAAGGGAGGAGAGCAGGUUUCAAAUCCUUAUUUGCAGAACAGUUUGUUUAGCUAGGGGAAAACAAAAACAAGUCCAAAGAGCCUGUGGGCUUUUCCUGUUUCUAAACUCUCAGUACUAUUAAACCAAAAAAAAAACCAGAAAUAUAAAUUAUCAAAUCCCAGUGCCCAGAAGGGACAAGUCUAUCAAAUAAGCAGUAUUUACUAUUGUUUAGACAGGAGAUGUACAAAAGGAAAGGAGAUGGACUUUUCACUGAGUAACCAGCACAUGUACAGGCUGAAGAUCUACUGUCCCAACAGCUUUGGGUUAAACUGUACUUCUUCACAUCAGAGAAAUACAUGCUUUGCAGAACUGAUUCAAAUCUUCACACUCAUCCAGAAAGCCUAUGUUGGGAAUGGGAGAAUAGAGGGCCAGAAUCCAGGGUCAGCUUGGAGUGUUGGAUGGAGGUGUCCCAAGAGAAAAUGUGCAUCGAUUACUUGAAAAUGAGAUUCCAACCCUUUUCUAUAUUUAUAAACAACAAAACUGUCCUGAACAAAGUAGCACAUGACCCAGAUGUGUGAACUGAACAGAGAAAUGUCCUUUUCUUUCACUUCUUUUCUCUUCUUUUGGUAACAAGAACUAAAUAAGGAAUAGAAAAGCUGUUUUUCAGGCUGACAGUCUAAUUAAAGAGGUAGAUGGGACCUUGCAUGGUAUAGAUUAGAAGUAAUAGUGUCAGUGAGAUACAGUGAGUCUUUGUGAGUCCUUGUGUCAUCGUUUUGGGCACUGUUUUUUUAUGCAAGGGCAAAAUCUUUGUAUCUGGGGGUAAAAAAACAACUUUUUUAAAUUAAAAAGGAAAAUAAAAGAUAUUGAGGUCUUCCUAGUGUUACUUAAAAUAAGAUCAAGGUAAGAAACAUUGUAAAAAAAAAAAAAAAAAUUACAAAAGUGCUAUUUGUUUCCUAAACAAGUGAUUUCUAUUAAAAAGGUGUCAGAACUGGAGAAAAUGCUGUGUACUUAGAAUUUUUUAACACAGACUUUGCUUAUUUAUGAUGACAUUCUGCUGUGUUUGUGUUUUAAGAUCCAACGGGACAGUUUCCCUAGAUUAUACCAUACAUGCUACUGGCUAAACCCUAAAGAGAAUCAAAUCCACAGCGCUGGAUCUCACCCCACCUGGAGGAUCUGCCUAGCUUGUCUCUGCUGUUACCGUAUCUUCCCCCUUCCUUGAUGUGUGCGUAACCCAGAGAAAAGCACUGGCAGUGUACUUGCUUAAGGCUUCAAUGCUUUUGUGAUAUGGACUGAUUAGAGCUUGAGAAUGAAGGAGCGUUUGUUGGGCUGAAGUCACUUUCGUUAUAUCCUUUCUUUAAGAAGUUCAUCUCUUGCACACAGCCUUUUCACUAUAGGUACCAAAGCUUUCCUCGUGCUCCUGUUGUGGUGGGGUCUGUCCCAGCGUAGAGUACUGACUCGUGUCACUUAGGGCUAUGUCACAGAGCUGCCCGCUUUCACUGCUGCAUGGAAGUAUUUGGGCAAACUCUGAUUCCACUGGAAGUGCUGGCAAAACUCCCGUUGCUCCCAGUGGGAGCAGAGCUGAGCUUCUCCGCAGGCAGUACGAGGCCAGGUCCUGCAGUGGUGCCCUCCAGAGCGUGCAUUAGGCAGUCCUGCCCAGCCACUGAUCCUUCUGGAACAGAGAAAGCCUUGCAUUUCAGGGCGGCGUUUCUGAGAAAGAAGUAGCAAAUGCUCCAAAUGCUACAUUCCUGAAAGAGUCUCCUUGCUGCCACAGCCAAGCAUGCUUCUGCAGGAUUCUUGGCGCUGCUCUCUUCCCCUUCCUUUGCUCACCCUCCUGACCUUUAAGGACUUCUCCCAGGACUGUGUGCUAUUUUCAGAACUGAGCUCAGAGCUGAUAUCCUGAGUUCUCAUGUUUAUCCGUAGCUUGGGAAAAUGACUGUUAGGUGCACAUCCCAGCUAAACCUGUGAUCACCUCACGGUUUGGAUAUUUGCUAGCAGAGCUGUAGGAUCAAACCGAUCGAACUAAACGUGUUCUACUUGCAUCAACCCAAUUACCAGUUGAAGUCAUUACCAUCAAACAUCCUGGCCAGGUUCUUCUCUAGUUGGUUGCUUGGGUAACUCCCCUUCUUCUGAGCUGUGAAGUACAUUCCCAGUAAGAGACAGUAUCUUCAUGUUCUCAUGUUUUUCUUUCUGGUUUUAUUUUCUGAGCUCUGCUGGGAGCACUGCACUUCUUGGAUGUAGUAAGCUGCUGGAAGACUUGAGAGUCCUUCUGUUUGCUUUGCUGUUUCAGGAAGGGAUGGGAAUGAAAUUCACUGGUAGCUGCAUUUAAAUCUGAGCAUAGUUACCCAGCCAGGAGAUGUUAAAACAGCUGUUACUGCUUUUUCAAGGCAUCUGCUUGUCUUUAGAAACUGAGUAGCUAAGUACAGACUUUUGUCUCCUUUUCUUCCAGCCUUGUGUUCCAGACUGUCAAAGGACACCUUUAGUUAAUCAUUGCUUGGCAGAGAAAUGACCUCAACUGUUCAGUGCUGCUGGGUAGUUUUUGCUCCCUGAUCCUGUUUGAGCACUUUCCUUCCUGGCUCUGCAGCACUAUCAGCCAACAGGCAAAGAUCAUUCCCAGGGCUAUGCUGACACUGGCAACGAUGUUGGUACACAGGCACGAGUAAACUUUUGCCCAAUUAGCAGCAAUGAGGUUGAAGGGGAAAUGCUGUUUGCUAAAUACAGAGGGAAAUGUUGUUCUGUUUUCUACCUGCUCUCAGAGUUUCCAACAAAGGGCAAAAUUCAAACUUUUUGACAAGUUUAAGUUCAAGCUUUUCUUUUGGAUUUGUUGGGUGUUGUGGUUUUGUUCUGUUUUGUUUUUCUCUCAUGCAACAUUUGAGACAGGCUGAGUUGGUAUUAGAACUUCUCUUCAAGAAGCUGUCCUAAUGACUGGCAUUUUGUAUUUCCAAACCACCAUAAAGGUAACAACUAAUUCUUAUGUCAUCGCUUGUCAUUAGUGGGAAGUAAGUGGCUUUUAAGUCUCACUCGUAAAGGAGAAGAAGAUGAGACCACAGAGGAAGCUCCUCUCAGAGAUGUUCCUGGCACUCAGCCUAGUGCUAAGGGCUUUCAGAAGUCCUCCUGCUGCUUUAACUGCUCAGAAAUAGAAUAAGAAUUGCAGAAACAGUUUUCCCCUUCUCCUCGCAAUCUGUUCUUUAAGCAGCUGGAAAAGUAUGGUGUGGUCAAAGCCUGAAAACGAGCAUGUGAUCUGGCCAGAAGAAUUAGUGCUACCAUUAGAUCCUCUUUAUCUUCGUUUAGUGCCAGCGGAACUUUUAGCGCUGUGCAAAAUGCGGUGAAGGCAAUCGUUCCAGGGAUGAGUGGUGCAGAUGGUUCUUCAUUAGCCAAGAGUCACCAUGGCAGUAGGAGGAACCAACAGUUUGCAUGAACAGAACAAAGAUUUUGUCCUUUAAACAAGUGAAUUUCUGUCAGUGGGGACAUGAGCUAAAAGACACCUGCUGAGAAAUUAAAGAGGUAAGAAUUUUACAGGCACAGUGUUGGUUGUUUUGAUGGCAGAAAAAAUGGCCUGGUAUUUUAUCCCUCCCAACAGACCAGGCUUGAGAGAGCAAAUCUGUAUUCCAGCUGUCUAGGUGUAUAGACCCUAAUUCUGGCCUCCUUGGCUUCAAAAUCAUCAUCUUCCAUGGACGGAGGCAGAGGCAGCCCCAAAAAGCAAUAUGGUCAACAUUGAAGUCUCCCUCUUGGUCGCACCGUGCUGUGGCAGCCCACAAUACAGGGAGUGAACUCUGACAUCUCCUUCUCCUGUGGAUGCAGUGGAAAAUACCUGUGACUUUGCAGUGCACAUUUCUCUUUCCUUUUGUUUCCCAGCUGAGUAGGGCCCCUGCCCUCUUUUGCUUCUGAAGCACUGGUGACGAAUAUAUGUUUUUUUAAUGAAAUGUGUUUUUAGAAGAUCAUAUUCAGAUGUCAAACCAGAUUCACUCUUUCACUGGGGGCUUCCCUCCGCCAGCUGCUCAGAUAACAACUCAAAUACUGAUAUUACACUUCCUGGUGGACCAUGCCCCUUCGGGCAGACUUCGUUGUGUCUUUUCAGAACUGUUCUGACCCUUCUUCACCUCCAUUUUGUCCUCCUUUGGGAUUCUGAAGAUCUGGGGCAAGGUCAGCCUUGCUGGGUUACUGCAGAGAGUUUUCUGAUAGACACGUUUGUAGAAACUCUGCUGAAGAGUCAGGAACCUGGAGAAAGACAGCAGCACUGUGUCGUGCAGCUGAUUCAUUUGGCACUGAGGCUUGCCUGGCCAACAAACUACCUCAGCAAAGGCCAUUCCUGAGCACCGCGUGGAUUCUGUAGUUUCCAUUAUCCAGAAGGCAAAAUGUCUCCAAAGAAGCCUUGCAAGCAGCCAGCUAGGUGCCGGCCUCUGAAUGCGUGCGAGCGAGCCUUACAGCAGCGCAUUGUCAAACAUUUGCUUUCAUUGAUCAGACCUGGGCCAGGGAAUGCCCUAAAAAUCAGGGGGAUCAGGAAAACACAAGAGCUGCAGCCGUCUCCAGGUUAUUGCCGUCUUACUCAGAUCCUUCUUUGAGCCUCAGUCUUGUUUGUAACACCUACAGAAUGGAAUGUAAUACUUGAAAAUAUGACGCUCAUUAUCUUUUACCUUUAGCUCCCAUUUUCCCAAUGUUUAUCUUUCAUCUGGGACAAGAACUUUCUGCAUCGUUGUGUCUUGUAUAGGCUGAGCACAUAGUUGAAACUUGCCAAUAAAGAGAAUUAUUUAUACCA